GCCAAAAUCAGAGAAGUAAAGGGGAAAACAAACACAAACCUAAGAAAGAUUCGAGCUCUCUCUGUACGAUGCAAGCCAAAAUCAAUUCUUUCUUCAAACCCUCUUCUUCUUCAUCUUCUAUCUCUUCCCCAGUAACAUCAGCAGACACAGAACAUGGCUUAGCUGUCUGGGAGAACAAUCGGAACGCCAUCGUCAACACCUAUGAGCGUCUGCGAUACCCGAUAGUGCUUAAGGGAUGCAUCGGGAAGCCUUCGUUCAACAAGAACCGCAUCAUUGUGGUAUCAGAAAAUGAUUCCCCUGCACACAGAAACAAGGUGCAAGAGGUUGUGAAAAUGAUGGAGGUUGAGUUAGGUGAGGAUUGGAUUCUUCACCAACAUUGUAAGGUUUAUCUAUUCAUAUCCACUCAGAGGAUCUCCGGAUGUCUUGUUGCAGAACCAACUAAGGAAGCAUUUAAGCUCAUAGCUUCUCCUGAUGAUGAAAAACAGUUACAAAAAGAGAGCACCUCCUCGCCUUCAACCUCCAUUCAGUUUGGAAACAUUGUGUUACAAAGAGAAGUAUCUAAAAGAUGUCGAGCAUCAGAUGAUAGAUUAGAUUACGGAGCAAUUGUAUGUGAGGAAGAAGCUAAACCGGCUGUUUGUGGGAUUAGAGCGAUUUGGGCCUCACCUUCUAACAGAAGAAAAGGCAUAGCCACAUGGUUACUCGAUACCACGAGGGAAAGCUUUUGCAACAAUGGGUGCAUGUUGGAGAAAUCUCAGUUAGCAUUUUCACAACCAAGCACCAUGGGAAGAUCUUUUGGAUCUAAUUAUUUUGGAACUUGUUCAUUCUUAGUUUACAAAGCUCAGCUAAUUGAUACUCACUUUUCUUAAACGGCAUAGAUUUUCAUCACAUCACAACCAUCAUCUUCACUGUUACUCUUUUUGUCUGUCUUUUACAUAUUAGCAAGUUGGUGAAAUAUUGAUUGGCUGAUCCCAUAACAAACAAAAAGAGCAACAUGUA